AAACGCAUCGCCCAGAACCGUGCCGCCCAGCGUGCCUUCCGCGAGCGCAAGGAACGAUACGUCCAGGACCUGCUCUCCCGCAUCCAGGAACUCGAGGCCGCCGUCAGCUAUACCCAACAGAUCGUCCAGCCCGAGCAGCUCACUCGCUUCUCGUCGCUCGUCCGUGAAAACGAAGCCCUCAAGGACCGCAUCGAGUCGCUCGAACGCGAGAACUGCAGCCUGCGC